AUGCCAACUAUAUUUCAUAGAUACAAUGAAUUAUUAAAAAGACAUCCAUUUAAGACCAAUAUGGUCAGUACGGGUUUAUUUUUUGGAUUUGGUGAUGCCAUAGCUCAAUCUUGUUUCCCACAUAAAUUUACGAAGGAAGAAAAAGAUGAAAAGACUGGAUUUACAAAGCAAGUUGAAGUAGUUGCUGAUUAUUCAAUAGAUAGAACAUUAAGAGCUUUAGUUUAUGGUUCAUUCUUUUUUGCACCUUUAAGUGUUAUAUGGCAUGGUAAAACAUUACCAAAGAUUAAAAAUCCAUUUAUAAAUUUCAAUAGAAGGAAUCAAAUGAGAAAUGAUCCGUUGCAAUAUCCUAGAUUACAUUUAUAUGAUACUUUAUUUAGAUUAAGUAUUGAUCAAUUAUUUAUACCUGGUUUAAUUUGGAUUCCAUUAUAUAAUACAGUGAUGGUUAUAUUAGCACAACAUCAUGAUCCAUUUACAGUUAUUAAAAACAAAUUGGAAACUAAUUGGUGGACUGUUUUAAAAGCAAGCUGGACAGUUUGGGUUCCAUUUCAAUUAUUAAAUUUAUAUUUUGUACCUGUUUAUUUAAGAAUUGUAUGUUCUAAUAUUUAUGCAGUUGGUUGGAAUUCAUUUUUAAGUUUUAUUCAUAAUACUAAAGGUCAUGGUAAAGGUAGUGGUAAGAAAAUUGAAGAAUUGGUAGAUAUUGAAGAUGAUUCAAAUUUGACUACAAUGGUUUAUGAUUAG